ACACAGUUUGCCUUGCGCGCGCGUAAAAUAAAAUGCCCGGAUGGAAUUUGCGAACAAAGAGCGGCGGCGCGCGGAUACCACGUGCUGGUUUCAACCAGUUCUCGCUUUUUCAAACUAAAAGUUUCUCGAACACGAUCUGAAUCUUUUAGCGCGACUCGUGCACGACACGGACCUCAAGAGUUCGCUUUGAAUCGCAUCGUGAAGGUUUCAAUGUUGUGUGAAACUGCCCGGUUUGUCUGGGAUUAUUUAACCGCGGAUGGAUGGCGGAAGCGGCGCGGGCGGUAACGGGUCCUCAGAGCCAUGUGCUUCUUUGUUUACAAAAACAGCAGCGAUCGAGUGGCGUUUCAAGCGCGUCAUUUCUAAAGCCAGACUGUAUUACAUCUGAACCGAGGAAGGACCGCUGGCGAUGAAGACGGUUCAUGUACACGACACUGAAUCGAUGAUGUUUGGUUUGAGGCGUCGAAAUGUCUCGACUCAUUUUGUAUUCACUCGGUUCUCUCUAGAACCGCUGUUGAAAAGUGUAAGCGCUUUCUGCAGGAGUUCUACACGGAGGAUGACUCUGGGAAGAAGGUCUUUAAAUACGGUGCUCAGCUGGUCUCUCUGGCUCACCGUGAGCAGGUGGCACUGUUGGUGGAUCUUGAUGACAUGGCUGAAGAAGACCCUGAACUGGUGGAGAGUGUGUGUGAAAACACCAAACGCUACGGUGGACUGUUUGCUGAUGCUGUUCAGGAGCUCCUGCCGGAAUACAGAGAACGAGAGGUGGUGGCGAAGGAUGCGUUGGAUGUUUAUAUUGAGCACAGGCUGAUGAUGGAGACCAGAGGUCGCGACCCUGCUGAUACACGUGACCCCCGGAAUAAGUACCCAUCUGAACUCAUGCGCAGAUUUGAAGUGUAUUUCAAACCUCCAUCCACAAUGAAGCCGAAAGUGGUUCGUGAUGUGAAGGCCGACAGCAUCGGUCAGCUCGUGUCGGUCAGAGGGAUCGUGACCAGAGCGACCGAGGUCAAACCCAUGAUGGCCGUCGCCACGUACACAUGUGACCAGUGCGGCGCAGAGACCUAUCAGCCGAUCGCCUCGCCAAGCUUCAUGCCGCUGAUCAUGUGCCCCAGUCAGGAAUGUGUCACCAACAAAUCCGGAGGGCGUCUGUAUCUGCAGACACGGGGGUCAAAGUUCGUCAAAUUCCAGGAGCUGCGCAUUCAGGAACAUAGCGAUCAGGUGCCCGUAGGAAACAUUCCUCGCAGCAUGACCAUUUAUGCACGCGGAGAGAACACGCGUGUGGCGCAGCCUGGAGAUCACGUGGCUAUUGCAGGAAUAUUCCUUCCUCUGUUGCGCUCUGGCUUCAGACAGGCCGUACAGGGUUUGUUGUCUGAGACGUAUCUGGAUUGUCACAGCAUCACUCUGAUGAAUAAGUCGGAGGAUGAUGAGUUGGGUACCGAAGAGCUCAGUGAUGAAGAGCUCAGACAAAUAACAGAGGAGGAUUUCUACGAGAAGCUGGCGGGGUCGAUCGCUCCAGAGAUUUACGGUCAUGAGGAUGUCAAGAAAGCUCUUCUGCUGCUGCUGGUGGGCGGAGUCGAGCAGGCACCACGUGGCAUGAAGAUCAGAGGGAACAUUAACAUCUGUCUGAUGGGUGAUCCGGGUGUGGCGAAGUCUCAGCUGCUGUCAUAUAUCGACCGUCUUGCCCCACGCAGUCAGUACACUACUGGACGGGGUUCGUCAGGUGUAGGUUUGACGGCUGCUGUGAUGCGUGACCCGGUCACAGGAGAGAUGACCCUGGAGGGUGGGGCUUUAGUUCUGGCUGACUUGGGUGUGUGCUGCAUCGAUGAGUUUGAUAAGAUGGCUGAUGCCGACCGUACAGCCAUUCAUGAGGUUAUGGAGCAACAGACCAUCUCCAUCGCCAAGGCCGGCAUCAUGACGUCCUUAAACGCUCGUUGUUCAAUACUGGCAGCGGCAAACCCUGCGUAUGGUCGAUACAACCCACGCAAGACACUUGAGCAGAACAUUCAGCUGCCUGCGGCUCUGCUGUCUCGAUUUGACCUGCUGUGGCUCAUUCAGGACAAACCAGAUACUGACAACGACCUGCGACUGGCCCAACACAUCACAUAUGUCCAUCAGCACUGCAAACAGCCGCCAACUCACUUCAACCCAAUCGACAUGAAACUCAUGAGGCGUUACAUCAGUAAGUGUAAACAGAAGCAGCCGUUGAUUCCUGAGGCUCUAGCCGAUUACAUCACAGCCGCAUAUGUGGAGAUGAGGAAAGAGGCUCGAGUUGGCAAAGACACAACGUUCACAUCUGCCCGAACGCUGCUGUCCAUCCUGCGUCUCUCCACUGCCCUGGCUCGCUUGCGGAUGGUGGAUAUUGUUGAGAAGGAGGAUGUAAAUGAGGCCAUGAGACUGAUGGAGAUGAGCAAGGACUCGCUGCAGGCUGACAAGACAAACAACACCAGGGCUCAGCGGCCUGCAGACGUGAUCUUCUCUCUGUUGCGUGAGCUGGCUGGUGAGGGAUCAGUUAAAUCUAUUAACAUGACGGAGGCGGAGCAGCGCUGCGUGUCUCGUGGUUUCACUCCUGCACAGUAUCAGGCCGCUCUGGAUGAAUACGAGGAGCUGAACGUAUGGCAGAUAAACCAGGCACGCACACGCGUCACCUUUGUUUAAACAUGUAUUGCCAAAGGUGUUUGAUGACAUCACAGCUUUUUCUGUAUUAAUGUCUGUGUUAAACCGAUGCUCUCCUCACAUGUGCUUGUUUUUACUAUCUGAAAUAAAUGUUGUAAAUAGUUUAA